CUUGUCUCAUGGUAACGCGUGUAAACAGAUGGCGCUUCUGUAAUAACGACAUGAUGUUUAUCUGGUGAAUUAUUGAGCAGAAGAGGAAUGAAUUAAAGUCAGUGUUUCGGAAACAGAGAGAUUUCUGAUAAUCCUCAGAGCGGCUCAUUUUAUCAUCCUGGUGUUUUAUAAAGGUUUAUGAGUUUAAAGUCUCAGGCAGCUUCAGAGCUGCAGUAUGGCUGAGGAUUUCUGCACCACUCUGGCCCACACCAGAAGCCCAAAAACCUCCAGAAGAACCACCUUCCAGGAUGAGCUGGAAGCAGCAGUUAACGAGAGAGCUGUCAGAAACAGAGUGUCUCAUUUUAACUCUUAUGCCUUUAAUGAUGAAGAUGAUGAAGAUGAUGAUGAUGAUGAUGUCCUCAAAGAGCUGCUGAAGACGAGGAGGAAGAAGAUCGACAUGUUCAAAGUCUCAAGAACAAAAACCUCAAUCAGUGACUUUAAACUGUCAGAUGACGAGGAGGAGAACAUCAGACCCAAAAAAGUCUCCUUCCUGAAGAGCCAGAGAAACUCUGACACUCUCACAUCAGAUGCUCUCAGAUCAGAAACUGGCAGAUCAGACAGUAUCAGAUCAAACGCUCUCAUAUCAGAUACUCUCGGAUCAGACACACUCAGAUCAGAUGCUCUCUGGUCAGAAUCUCUCAGGUCAGACGCUUUCAGAACAAAUGCUUUCAGAUCAGAUGCUCUCAUAUCAGACAAUCUCAGAUCAGACACUCCCAAAUCGGACACUCUCAGAUCAAACAAUCUAAGAUCAGACACUCUCAGAUCAGACAGGUCUUUAAUUUCUCACCAAAGUGUGAACAAGGUACAGAGUCGAGACAGAAGUCACCAGGACUCAGAGUUUACUUCACACUCUGAAUCAUCUGCACAACACAACAGCCAAUCGGAAUCUCCUGUGGUGAGAAAGAGCCAAUCAGAAUCCUCUGCCUGCAGGAGGAGCCUAUCAGAAUCGCCUCUGUAUUCAGAGAACAGCCAAUGGGAAUCCAGCUCUGAGGGUGUGUUAGAGGCCAUGCCCCCAAAACCUGCCCCCCGUCAGCGAGCUCCUCACUCAGCUAUCAGUGGACGCGAUGAAGAGGACGGACGAACACAAACUCCAUGCAGCAGAGCUGCUACCUCGCCUGUGUCCAACACCAACACCAACACCUCCACCUCCACAUCCUCUCAGACUGCAGGGAAUUCUGGGAGUGAUGCCAGACAGGACGGUGUGUCUGUGAAGGCGAACACACACUCCAGGCCACUAGAGGGCGCUGAGAGCACAGAUGUUUCAGCAGCAGAACAAAGAAAACAGGAAGAUUAUCAGCUCGGUUCCGAAGUCUCUCCUGUAACAGACAGUGAAAUUUCCUCCACAUGGCGAGCCAGAUCUUCAGCUUCUCGACCAGGAAGCUCCAGAAAGUCCAGGAGCACCCCAUCCUACAGCGCGGAGUCCCGAUAUCUGGGAACAUUAAAGGUUCUGGAGCAGAAGUCGUGUUUACAGGAGACGGCACCGGACACUGCAGAUUCCCUAAGAGCCGCCGUUUAUCAGGACUGGUUAAAGAAGAAAGAAGAGAAUCUGCAGGCGACUUUUAGAGUUAAAAAACAAGAAGAAAAACUGAAAGAGGAGAAAAAAACAGAGGAGGAGACGAGUAAGAAAGCCGAAGCCAAAGCCUCUUAUGAAGCCUGGAAAGAAAAGAAACGUGAAGCUUUGAGAGAGAAGAUCCGAGAAAAACAGGAGGCGAUGAGGAAACUGCAGAAAGAGAUGAAUGAUAAAGAGGAAAGGAAAGAAACAGCAAAAUGGGUUUUUGAGAAAUGGAAGCGAGAACACGAUGACCUACUUCGUGAGCAGCUCGAAAAAGAGGUGCGGACUGCAAACAGGCUGAAAGAGAAAAAAGAGAAGGAGAAAGACCAGAGGAAAAGAGACAGCAGUUCUUCAUUUGCUCAGUGGAGUGACAGGAAGAAGGAGGUGAUUGAGGAGAAGCUGAAGUCUGAACGCAGGAAGAAGGAAAUAAAAGAGAUUGAGGAGAAAUAUGAGAAGGAAGAAAGAGAAAAGACGGCGCUGGACAUGUAUGAAAAAUGGCUGAGAAGGAAAGAGUUUCAGCAGAAACAAGAGCAAAGAGAAAAAAAGAUGAAGGCGACUGUAGUGGAGGAGCCGCCGCCCCCGUGGAGCCCCCCGAACAGAACCGUGCCGUUUGGCAAAUAAUCCUCACUGUAUCUCUGGAUAUACGCUCACCGGCCACUUUAUUAGGAACACCUUGACAUCUGCUCAUUCAUUAUGCAUUGCGCUGCACAGACUGAUGCAGGUACAGGUCAGUGCGUGUUGGUGCCAGAUGGACUGGUUUGAGUAUCUGAAAAACCGCUGAUCUGUAUAGCCAGACUGGUCUGAGCUGACAGGAAGUCUGUAGUAACACAAAUAGCCACUCUUUAUAACCAUGGUGAGCAGAAAAGAAUCUCAGCAUGCACAAAACUUUGAACCCUGAGGUGGAUGAACUACAACAGCAGAAGACCACAUCAGGUUCCUCUCCUGUCAGCUAAGAACAGGAGUCUGAGGCUCUCACCCACACUGGACAGCUGAAGAAAAACAUCAGCUGGUCUUUAUCCAAUCUUCAGAUGUCCAGUUUAGGAUGAUUUUCCCCCGUUGUGAUGUUUGAUGUGAGCAGUAACUGAAGCUCAUGACCUCUAUCUGUAUCGUUUUAUACACUGUGCUCUACCACGUGACUGGCUGGUUGGAUAAUUGCAGGUGUGUAGGUGUUCCUUAUAAAGUGGCCGGUGAGAAUCUCUCUGCAGGAGCACUGAUGGAUCGGCGUGAUGGUGAAUCUGACAGUAAUAACAGGAGCGUGCGCUGCUCCAUGUCUGAUCUAAUUAUAAAUCUGAUUAAUUUUGUUGCAUUAGUGUGAGUCUGAUAAGCACUUUAGCGGAAGAACAUUAACUGAAAUCUUCAGCGGAAAAUAUGAUCUAUUAUUGAUCUUUAAAGCAACAUUCAUAAAAAAAGUUUCCAAAUGUCUCUUUUGUGAUAUUAUUGUUGAAUUUAAAUCCUGAAGUUGUUUAUAUGUUUAAUUUCACUUUAUUUCUAUGUUAUUUUGUGUGCGUCAUGGUCCUGCUACACAAU